GGUGUUUACUGCUCUGUGUUUGCUGCGCUGCCCAGGGCACUGUCAGAGCAAACACUGGCCGUGGAGCAGCGUGGGCGAGUGACAGAGCCCAUCUUGCCCCUGUCACAAUGGUCGACCCUACUCUGGCAGAAAUGGGAAAGAAUCUGAAUGAAGCCAUGAAGAUGCUGGAGGACAAUCAGAGAAAAGCGGAGGAGGAAAAUGAAAAGAAGUAUGCACGGAAGGACAUUCCUGGACCACUCCAAGGCAGUGGCCAGGAUAUGGUGAGCAUCCUUCAGUUAGUCCAGAACCUGAUGCAUGGAGAGGAGGAAGAGGAAUCUUCUCCGUCCUAUCGGCUCCAAAAUGUUGGUGAACAGGGUCACAUGGCUCUACUGGGACACAGUUUGGCUGCUUAUAUAUCUGUGCUGGACAGGGAAAGACUGAGAAAACUUACAACAAGGAUCCUUUCUGAUACUACUCUCUGGCUCUGCAGGCUGUUCAGGUAUGAAAAUGGAUCAGCUUAUUACCAUGAAGAUGAUCGUGAAGGUCUCCUAAAAAUCUGUCGCCUCGUUAUUCACACGCGCUAUGAGGAUUACACAAUAGAAGGGUUUAACGUGCUCUGUUCUAAGCAGCCUGUCAUAUACAUCAGUUCUGCAGCCAGAGCAGGCCUGGGCCAAGCUCUCUGCAAUCAGCUGGGGUUGCCCCUUUCCUGCAUGUGCCGUGUGCCUUGUAACACUAUGUUUGGAUCUCAGCACCAAAUGGAUGUUGCUCUGUUGGACAGAGUGAUUAAAGAUGAUGUUGAGUCUGGAAAACUGCCUUUGUUGCUUGUGGCCAAUGCUGGCACUCCCGGCGCGGGGCACACGGACAAGCUGGGCCGGCUGAAGGAGCUCUGUGAGCAGCACAACAUGUGGCUCCACGUGGAAGGUGUGAAUCUGGCAACUUUGGCUUUGGGUUAUGUCUCGUCUUCUGUACUGGCUGCUACCAAAUGUGACAGCAUGACUCUCACCCUGGGUUCCUGGCUGGGGCUCCCAGCUGUGCCUGCAGUGACUCUCUACAGACACGAGGACCCAUCCUUGUCCUUGGCAGCCGGGCUGACAUCAAGCCAGCCCGUGGAGAAGCUCCGUGCGCUGCCCCUGUGGCUGUCCCUGCAGUACCUGGGCCACGACGGCAUCGUGGAGAGGAUAAAACACGCCUCCCAGCUGAGUCAAAGGCUGCUGGAAAACCUGAAAAACCUGGAUUUCAUUAAAACUUCGGUCGAAGAUGAAUUGAGUUCACCAGUGGUGGUUUUCAAGUUUGUCCAGGAAUAUUCAAAUAGAGAUCAGACCUCACAUGCUGCACAGGCCUCAACUAUUCAGCACCCCAUCAUAAGCAACGAAAGACACAUUUAUGACACUUUCAAUCAGUGGCUGGGAGAGCAGCUGGCACAGCUGGUCCCUGCCAGUGGAGUGGAUGUGGUGGAGCUGGAAGAUGAAGGCACCUGUGUGCGCUUCAGCCCCCUGAUGACUUCUGCAGUUUUAGGAACUGAAAUACAAGACAUUGAUCAGUUGGUGGACUGCUUGAAGAUGAAGAUACCAGUAUUGACAAGCACUCUGCAGCUGAGAGAGGAGUUUGAGCAAGAAGUGAGAAGAACAGUUGGCCUGUUGUAUAUUGAAGACCUUGGCUGGCCUGGGUUAGGUGUUGUAAGGUACAACUACCACAGUGAUGAGAAGAAUGAUGACAAACAAGAAAAAGAACUAGAAAAAAUCAAUACAGAACUCCUGAAAAAGUUAAAUGAACUGGAGUCAGAUCUCACUUUUUCUUUGGGUCCAGAAUUUGGGGGGCAGAAGAACUGUGUUUACAUUGGAAUGGUCACGGAGGAUCUGGAUGUGUCGGAGUUGGUUGAAACCAUUGCAGCAACAGGCAGAGAAAUUGAAGAAAAUUCAAGACUAUUGGAAAACAUGACUGAAGUUGUUAGAAAAGGGAUACAGGAAGCACAGCUACAGCUUCAGAAAGCAAAUGAAGAACGACUUCUGGAGGAGGGGCUGCUGCGACAGAUUCCCGUGGUGGGCUCUGUGCUGAACUGGUUUUCCCCUUUCCAAGCCUCUCCGCAGGGAAGGACGUUCAAUUUGACAGCAGGCUCUCUGGAAUCCACAGAAUCCACGUACGUGUCAAAGGCCCAAGGAACAGGCACCACUCCACCACCUACUCCCACCUCCAGCCUUGCAAAGCAAAGACUUCCUGGUCAGAAAGCUUUUAAAAGGUCUCUACGAAGCUCUGAUGGGUUCAGUGAGACCAGUUCCAUCAGCCACUGUGAUGACCUGGAGAAGAUGGAUCAGAAACCCCCAGCUCUAUCCCCCAGCCAAGAGCAAGGACCUUUGGAGACAGAAAAACCAGAGGAGCAAAAGGAGGUGGCACAGGCACAGACAAACACUGAGGACACUCACAGUGACAAAUCACCACCUGACUGUGCAAAGGGAGAGGAUCAAGCAAGUGAAAGAUAAAAUCCAGUGUGGAUUUCAGACUUUGCCAAGGCAGCCCCUGCCCAGGGAGGCAGGGUGUUAAUGAUGCAUUGCAAAUGUGAACAGUGCCACACACUAGUACAGUAAUAACUACUGUAAGUUAUUAACUGGGAUUUUGCACAAAUAUAAAUUCCCUCCCCUGGGACAGAGAUUUGUCUUAUCAUACUCUUGUUACAGUUGCUUUAAUCCUCUACAUGUUGGUGUCACCAAAGCAGUAGUGAAAUUUAUUAAGUGCUCAUAAACAUUUGUAAAAACACUUGGCAAUUAUCCUUCCUGCAGGAGUCUCUGCAUGGUAACACUUGCUAACGAACCCAUCAGCCAUGCACAAGGGUAAAAACACAGUUGCACCCAAUAAUUAUAAAAUGAUCUUAUGCUACUACAUUUUAUAUAAAAAACCCCCAAACAAACAACUGCCAGUUGUUCACCUUUUUAGUAUUUACAGUUGAGUUUAUCCUCUCCUGCAGUCACACUACUGUCCUGCUUCCCCUUGUUACCUUAUCCAGCACCUUGCCUGGCAGCCGCUCUGGGAGGGCCCGUGUAAAUGAGGCUCACUGAGCGUGCUUGGCCAGCCACCCUUUGUUCUGCUGUUGUACUUCACCCACCCAGCCUGGGUGCAGUGGGGACCAAAUUCAUGAGUUCUGGGCCCUUUAGAAAGAGACAGUGCCUCUGCAUGCCUGAGCAGCUCCCUGCUUCCACCCCUGGGAAGGAUCACCAAGGCACCGUUGCGUUCCUUUGCACGGCAUUCACACGCCAAAUCCGCUCGCACACGUCGAUGUGGUGUAACUGGAGUUCUUUCUGUUGUGUAUUUUUAAAGAUAGCUGUAGUAAAGCUUGAAAAACCAAUACA